AUGCAGACGAGCGCAGAACAAAAGCCGCAGAACCGAUUCGAAGGAAUGAGGCACUCGUGGACUCUUCUCGUCUUUGGGGGUCUCGAAUACUCGGCUUCUACUGGCUCUACUCGGCUGAGGACGAUUGGAAGGCGAUUUCGAAGAGUGAAAGGGAAAACGCAACGAUUAUUUGCUGUUUUCAUGUUCCUCAGACUCCAUGAACACAUCGAACGAGAGUCGCGUCGGUAUGGGGAGCAGAUCGAAGAGCGGCGGGAAGAUCGUCUCGAAAUUCGCCCUCGUCAAUUGAGUGCCUGCACCUUGCUCCUUUGGCUCCUGCUCCGGUUGUACGGGAGCGAGCGGGAGGAACGUCUGCCCUGGCUCCAUGUGGUAAUUCCCGGUGAAAAUGGAAGCGUGCUCCUCAGAGACUUGGAAGAAGACUUGCCGAGAGAAGGGGGAUGGAAGAAGGCGAUAAUGGUCCGCGACCCGUUCGUCCGACUCGUCGCGUCGUAUCGAGACCUAAUCGAGGACAAUCUCGGUCUGGCCCAGUCGAAGCUCUUCGACCUGUCCCGGGACAUCGUGAGUCGGUUCCGGAACGUGACGUCGACGAAGGACAGUCUCGUGAACCCGUGGCCGGAGUCGGACGUCGCGACGUGGCGCGAAUUCGCGCGGUACCUCGCCGAGACUCCCGCGACGGACUACGACGAACACUUCUCGCCUUACUGGCUCCAUUGCGACGCGUGCGGCGAAGAGUUCCACUACGUCCUGAAAACCGAGUCCCUUCGAUCCGACUUCUUGGGACUUUUCAAGGACACGGAAGCGAAUCUGAACGAGGACGUGGAAACGUUGACGAUGGCCGUGUUGUCCCGGCCCGAAUUCCUCGUUUCCACGCUGGACAUCGUCCCGGAUUACAUGAUGGACCUGACCAAAACCCAACUGCGGCAAGUCUACGAGAAGUUCAGACUGGAUUUUCAGCUCUUCGAGUAUUCGCCCGAUGAGUACAUCAACUACGGCAGAAACCCAUGA